UCCUGUGAGUGACUCUGCAGCUAUGGGAUUUCCUUCAUCUGGCAGUCAAGAGAAGCCCUGCAGCUGCAAAAUGAUUUCCCUGCAUAAUAGUAGCAAAAAGGGAGGAAAGUGUGACUAUUAUGCAUUGAAAUACACUAAGUCUAGAUUGUGUGUGCUCCUAUUAAAGUGAUUUGAUCCAAUGAAAAAUUCCAGAGAGGUUUUGCAGAAACCAUUGUCUUCCAGUGAAUACAUAGCUUAUUAGUUUAAUGUUUUCAGGAUCCAUGAAUAGAUGGAGGUUGGCAGGUAAGCUGUAGAUGACUAGAUAUGAUUCUACAUAUCUUCACCCUCACCUCAUCUCUCCCUUAUAUAGGUCCUUUAGUAAAAUCCUGAUUGGCAUUUAAAAAAUUUUUAAAUAAAAAUCAAGCCCUUGUGGACAUGGAUAGAUUUGAGAGGGGUCCUUUCAAUGAGGGAACUACUUUCCCCUCCCCAGCUGUUGCAGGAGAAGCUUGGUUUUUUGUUUUGUUUUGUUUUUUCAUUACACACACUCGCUUACACGCUCUUCUUUUUCUAGCUAAACUAGGAAUUUCCUAACUUGUGGUCAUCCUUAAAAAGGAGAAGUUUCUUCCCCAAAGCAGCAAACAGAUCCAGCAAAUGCAUGGCUGAAGAAAGACUAGCAGUAUUUUCUGCUUCAUCCACCUCUUUCUUCUCAAAGCAGACCCUUUGGACCAAGGAGGCACUGGCAUUUUUCUAACACCGCGGCAGCACACCUGGCUGGUGCGGACUGGACACCUUCACUCCAGGACAAUGGGCCCAGCUGUCUGGAUGCUUCUUUUGGGAACCAUCUCCCAGGGUUCAGCUUCUCCCAGCAUCACCCCUCAUCAUAAUCCUCUGAUUGUGGCCCAAGGAGACCCAGUGAGCCUCCUUUGCUCUGGGAAUGCCACCAUAAAGUGGGUUGGCAUGGAGAAGAAGGCUAAAGUCGAGGUGUACAACAAUGGCACCCUCCAUAUACCCAAGGCCUCCUGCAAGAAUAUGGGAAACUACCAGUGCGUCUUUGACAACAGCACUGAUGAGGAGCCUGCCUCUGUAUACCUCAUUGUGAGAGAUCCUACAACACCAUGGUGUCUUCCCAAGAAGAACUUUGAAGUGAUAGAAGGCCGUGAUGCAUUGCUCCCAUGCCUCAUCACUGACCCAGGAUUCACAAGCAAUGUUACCCUUAUGAAAAAUGAAGAGUCAAUACACUCUUCAAGGGUCUCUUUCAAGGCUCAAGAGGGAAUACGUUUACGCAGAGUAGGCAUGGAUGAUAACGGCUGGUACAAGUGCCGGGCUCUUGUUCAAGGACAGUGGGUGCAGUCACCCAAAAUUGGCCUUAUUGUUAAAGCUAUCAACACACCUAUCUCUGUCACCAUUGGUGCAAAGGACAAUGUGAGAAUCCAAGGAGAACCUUUCAACAUCUCCUGCAACGUUAGUUACCCUUCCUUCGGUUAUCAAAUUCGAUGGGACUAUCCUUCCACUGCAAAUGUGAGUUUGGAGUCUCGUGAAAGUUUUGAUGAUUCUAGUGAGAGCUACAACACACAACAUAUUCUAUCCAUCCCAGCAGUACAAUUGAAUGACAGUGGAAAAUAUACAUGUUUCGCAAGUACUAAUGCCAGAGUUAGCAAUUCCUCAGCAAACCUGAAAGUGAUAGAGAGAGGUUACAUUCAUUUGUCCACCAUACAGAACAGAAUACAGGAGCCAAGUCUGCAUAAAACUCUGGAGUUACAGGUUAUUACUGAGGCGUAUCCUAGGCCUUCUAUAUAUGGAUGGAAACACAUAAAUCAAUUAGGAAACCCCAGGAUUUCCACAUACAUUGGCCAGAUGAGUUCUGACAACAACCGAAAGUACAUCAACACACUAAGACUAAAUUAUAUUAGUGAAAAACAUUGUGGAAUGUAUACAUUCUUUGCCAGUAAUAAUGCAACCACUGCACACAUUACUUUCAACAUCUCAGUAAAAGUCCCACCUCAAGCUAUGCUGAAAUUCAACAGCUCCAACAAUCUUUGGUGUGAAGUCAGUGGUUAUCCUGCUCCACAUAUUGAGUGGUAUCAACUACCCCAGAAUCAUAGUACAGACAGAUGCUAUCAAAGUGGUAUGCUGUUCAUUAAUGACACUAACCCAGAAAUCAUCAGUGAAGUUCCCUUUAAAAGAGUGAUGGUGAAAAGUGUUCUUCAAGUUAAAGAGACGCAAGGCAACACUUUAUUUUGUUGCUUAGCCGUUAAUAGCGCAGGAAAUGCCUCUAGCAUUGGAUCUUUUGUUCAUACGCUUGAAGUCAAUACUACAACUAUAGCUAUUCUCUCUAAACCAGCUGUGAUAGCCUGGGCAGGCGUAAUGGCUUUCCUCCUUCUGUGUAUCAUCAUAUUAUUCUACAAAUAUAAACAGAAACCAAAAUACCAAGUCCGUUGGAAGAUCAUUGAAGCCUGUGAAGGAAACAACUACACCUUUAUAGAUCCUACACAACUUCCGUAUGAUGAGAAAUGGGAGUUUCCCAGAAACAACUUGCAGUUUGGAAAAAUCCUAGGAGCGGGAGCUUUUGGGAAAGUCAUGGAAGCCACAGCUUUUGGGCUAGGGAAGGAAGAUUCUGUCCUGAAGGUAGCUGUGAAAAUGCUGAAAUCAACAGCACAUACUGAUGAACAGGAAGCCCUCAUGUCAGAACUGAAGAUCAUGAGUCACUUAGGUCAUCAUGAGAACAUCGUGAACCUGCUGGGCGCAUGCACCCAUGGAGUCCCGGUCCUUGUCAUUACUGAGUAUUGCCCUUAUGGGGACUUGCUGAAUUUCCUGCGAAAGAAAGCAGAGUGUCUCAUAAUCCAGGAUUUAACAGUAGAGUCUUCCCUUGAUAGUACAGCAACUGACUAUAAAAAUGUCUACAUCGGGAAGAAAUACCUCCAAAGUGACAGUGGAUUCGGGAGCCAAUCUGUAGACAGCUAUUUGGAGAUGAGAUCAAUGAUCGCAUCAGGUUCUGUGCAAGUGAAAGUAUCUGAAGAAGAAACCUCAGACAGACAGCCUCUUAGCCUGCAUGACCUGUUGCAGUUUUCCAACCAGGUGGCUCAGGGAAUGGCCUUCCUUGCGUCCAAAAAUUGCAUCCAUCGUGACCUGGCUGCAAGAAAUGUGCUUGUGGCUGAUGGUCAAGUGGCCAAAAUCUGUGACUUCGGCCUGGCUAGAGAUAUAAUGAAUGAUGCAAACUACGUUGUAAAAGGCAAUGCUCGCUUGCCAGUGAAGUGGAUGGCUCCAGAGAGCAUCUUUGAGUGUGUUUACACAGUUCAAAGUGAUGUGUGGUCUUAUGGUAUCCUUCUCUGGGAGAUAUUCUCCUUAGGAAGAAGCCCCUAUCCUGGUAUGAAGGUGAACAGCAAGUUUUAUAGCCUGGUCAAGCAGGGAUAUCACAUGGGGAGACCAGAUUUUGCUCCAGAUGAUAUAUACAAAAUCAUGACAGCGUGCUGGAACCUGGAGCCCACUCGCCGGCCUACUUUCAAUCAGAUCUGCACUUUCCUUCAGAAGCAGUUGGGAGCCAUGAAGGAACAGGAUUAUAAAAACUUGCCAUGCAAUGCAGAAGAAGAAGACAGUGGAUGUGAGCCUUCCAGCUACUGUGAUGAAUCCUGUGACUCUGGAGAAAGUGAGCAACUGCUUUUGAACAGCAACAAUUACCAGUUUUGUUAAAGGUGAUAUGAGCCUUGCCUUCUUGUUCACAGAAUUUCCACUGAAAUGCAGAUUUAAUGCACUCAUAUCAGGUGAUUUAAGUCACAGAAUGUUGUCAUGUACUGAUAACACAAUUCAGAAUCAUUCUUUAGUAUCCACAGAAUUGUUAACUAGAACCAUAACUUUUAAAACUGAAAAUGGAGUUGUAAAUUCAAAACCUUUUCUUUCUGUGAUACACAUCUUAUAGGCAGCCCUGAGAACCUUAUUGUCUUUACCUAAACCAUUUUGUCUGUCUGUGAUAAUUGGUAAGAUCAGCUAAAACGAAAAUCAAUAGACCCAAUCUAAUUUAGUUCUAGAUUAGGGAAUUUAUCCACCAUAGGUUAGUAGUUCUCCACCUUUAGCUCUCCAGAUGCUUUGGACUUCAACUCCCAGAAGUUCAAGUUAGCAUGGCCAGUGGUCAGGGGUCUCUGGGAGAUGAGGUCCCAAACACUUUGAGGACCAAAAUGUGCGAACCACUACCAUAGGCGAAUCUUGGCAUUUUGUAGGUAUGAUUAAUUCUGCAAAAACAAAAGUACUCUCUAAUUCUCCACAGAGAGGAACUUCAAAUAAGGAAAUAAGAAAGUUUCCCCCUUCUUUAAGAGUACCACUGCAUACUGUGGUAAAGAAAGAAAAAAUGAAGAGUGAUUUUUCAGUAGUGUUUUAGCUAAUCUGUAGGCAUAAAUUGUGACUAAUUUGUGAUCUACUUCUGAGUAGAGUGUUUAGGAUUACACUGUAAAUUUCAGUGAGGUCAAUGAGAUUUACCUUAGAGCAGGGUGGUACAUAGUGCAGUCUUCUUGAAGCUGCCUCCCCAUACCUGAAAAAGGAGGCGGAAAAACAUUUUCUACUUUGCUGUCUCUAGGGGGCUCCCUUCCCUUCUAGAUCAGCCGGCUGUUUCCCUAUAACCCUGCUAAAUCAAACCCAAAAUGUCUGGCCACUUCUGUUUUUUAUAAUUUUUUUUCCAUAUUGUUGGCUUUUGCAUUGCAUUUUUGGGCCGGUGUACCAUAGAUGUACCUAUGGAGAAGUCUGCAGUCAAAAUUUGGCCCUGGGCCAAAGCACAUGAUUAUGGCCAUAAACAUAUCACUGAUUUCCAGUAUCCCCCCGCCCCCCAGAGAGUUAGGAAUAGACACAAGUAACUUCUACUCAGACUUUUUUGGGGGGAGGGUGUGGAAGGGAUGGAUGAAAUCCCUCAUUUUAACUGGAAUAAUCAUCCUUUCAAAAAUAAAGUAGCCAGAAUCCCUUCUGACUUUUGCCACUCAUCUCACCCCUGCUAUCCCAAGUGAGCCAGAUGUGAAUGUUGGGAGAGAAAACAAAUUCCUCUGUUUUGGCUUUGUGCUAAAUGGGCUUUGUACUAAACUUCAAAGCUGGAUCUGAGAUCAGGGAAGAGAAUGGCAGAAGACAGUAGGCAAAACAGAAUGUGUGAGUGAGUGAAGAGGUACUGUACCUGCCAUCAGUUUUACCCUCGACUUCUCAUAUAGGUCAUGGGCGCACUUCAAAAAACAGUUCCACACUCAUAUUCCAACAGGCUAUGAUUCAGACAAUUCGACUGCACAAGGAAAAAUAAUUCUGUUUAACUCUGAAGAAUUACAAGUCUGGCAUGAAACAAUAUUACCCUGACCACAUCUGGCAUUCAACACACCACUGGGACUUCUUGUUUUGCCUCAAUCCCAUCUAUCUAUAUAGAUGAGAAAAACUGGUCUUAACUACUGGUCCUAACAGACCUUUUGAACUACCUCUCCAGUUCUCUGGAGACAUUCCUGACACAUUCCGAAAAGAACCUAGUCUGAAUAGGCUCUGAACAAUAAGCCUUUGUGGGAAUGAGGAAUGUUUCAGUAGCAGUCUGCACUAUUGACUUUUCUUGUUGAUCUUAACUGUCCAGUCAAAAGCUGGGAUUGAAAAUACUGAUACAGGCUCAUUGCUAUAUGAGGAUUUAUUAUUUGUACUAUGGGAUAUUCUGAAAUUAAGCUAAAGGUGUAUAUUUCAUUAGAUUUUUAGAGUAAGUUUACAAAACUGUGGUGUUCCACAUGUUCUUGGGCAUCGGCUCCCAGCUGUCCGAGCCACCAUAGUCAUUAGUGAGAAAUGCUGAAACUUGUAGGUCAAAACAUCUAGGGUGGCCAAAGUAGCCCAUCCAUCCUUUUGGAUAAUAAAUUGGCUCUAUUCAGAUAGAAUGAUGAGUCCUGUAAUUUUCUCAGCUUUUUAAGUUGAAUUGUAUUUCCCUUACUGAACAAAGUUUUAAAAUAAUCACAAAUCCCACAUUGCCACUGAAGGCUAAAAUGGCAUUUAAGUGCUUUCCAGCAGUUAUGACUGGGUCAUUGGCUGCAAUCAAUUCUUGAAAAGACAGCUCCUGAUCAUGCAAUCCAAUGUAAUUAUCUGACUCACUACCGCAAUAUGACAUGCAGGAGACUGACUUGGGGCACAUCCACACUGACCACUUCAUGUGAAAGGGGCAACAGAUCAGCUCUGUGGUGGCUAAACACCACAUAGAGCUGAUCCAGCAUAAUGCAGGGCAAAGCCACCUUAAUGCAGCCUUGGCCAUGUUGACCAAAGUUAAGGGAUUGCUUUCAACCCACAUAAACAAAUUGGAUUGAUUCUGAGACUGCAGGCACACUGUGCCAGUUGCUUAGUUACACAAGUUGCAGGUCCAUUUCUGGGCUAUUUCUUUUCAAGGCGUGCACCACGUGGCACCAGAAAGAAUUCCCUACAACUAGAAGAACUUAUGUAGAGCCUACAUUCAGUGGUUCUCUGACAAAUCCUCCCCUUUCAAAGAUAGAAUGGAUUAAUAUAUGAAAUGUUUAUAUGUGUUGUUUCAAAGUAUCUCUACUGUAAUGCACACUUAUUCUGCAAACUGGUCACAUGAAAUCUAGUAUCUCUCCAAUAGCGGGAAAUGCCUCUUUCAUUUCCCUGGAAUGCUACAGUGGCUGGUUUUGACAUAAUUGCUCUGCUGGAUCUUAUCAUUCUUUCCCAUUUAUACCUUGUUGCUCUAUAGUUUUUAAACAAUAAACUUACUGUAUUUGUUUUAAUAUUUAAGCUGCUUUAGACAUUUUAUGCUGAAUCAUGGUUAUUACACUGUACUAUUUUCUGGAGAUAAGCUGUUCCAAUGUAACCCAUUUCUGGAACCUUAAGGAGUAAAAAAAACACAGGCAAUGUAUUGUUAAGACUACUGAUAUUUGAUUUUAAAUAAUUAAGUAAUGCUUGUUAAGAAAAUAAUGUAAAGUAUAUACUGUAUACAAAUCUGUGUAUACAAAUGGGCAGUCUGAUGUGGAACAUCUGCAGCUGGCCCUCUGUAUUUGUGGAUUUGAUUAUUCCCAGAUUUGAUUAAAAAUGUUAUCUCUAGGAAUCCUUAGGCCCUCUAAUGUGAUUCUAAUGUCAGCUUCAGGUGGACCAUAAAAUCAUCCAGGAGGACCUAGAAAUGUUUUGAGAGGUGUUUUUCUGGGCCAAAAAAAAAACCAAUUUCUUUAUUUAUGGUUUUUUUUUUUUUUGCUUUCAUGGGGAUUCUGUGCUCCUAAAUCCAGUGAAUGUGGAGGUCAGACUAUAAUAGGCCUAAUCCACAGCAAUUUAGUGGUUUUGAAAGUCUUGCAGUGUGCCAGUGUGCUGCCCAUGGAAGCACGUUACUUUGAGAAGUGUUUUAAUGUAUAUAUUUGCAGUGAUAUUUUUCCACAUUGUACUUUUAAAAUAAACUAGAAUCAAUCAACUUUUAAUAGAUUGUAAUGCCUUUCAGUGUUUUACAAGUCAUUGAUGUAUAUUAGAUUUUAUGUUAACUUUUCUAGCUUUAUUAAACAUCUUUCUUUGAUUGAAGUCUUAUGUAAUUGAAUGUGAAUCUCAGGAACUUUAAAGAACCAACUAGCUGUACAAUUAGAAUGUUAAAAAUGCAUUCGCACUGACAUUAAUGAUGGGCAGCAUAUCUUUUACUCAGUGAGAAAGUAGCUAGACAGAUUGCUAGUUAUCAUCACUCGAGUUGUUCUCAGGUCAUAUUCAAAUUGGUAUAACUACUGUGUAUUAAGCAUCCCAAGUAUAAAAUUGUUUAUUUUUUAAGUAAAUGUGAACUGUCCUGAAAAAUAAAAUCAAUUUGAUUAGGCAAAGAAA